CCUCCAAUUAGGUAAGAUUUGUCUUAUGAUACCAAUCUCUCGAAACCCCAACACCACUUGCCAUGUCUCCCACCUACAAACCAAAUUUAGAAGCAAAAUGAACCACGCCAAUCAAGCCUAUUCUGCUAUAUAUAUGUAUAUGUAUGUGUACUUCCUCCUAGAUUCAUUAGCCUAAAGUGUGGAGAGAACGAUGAAGAUCUUGUCUUUCAUAAGAUCUUUCUCAAGAUCAGUUCAUGAAGAACAUCAAGGAACAAAAUACUUCAAGGCUGAUCAACAAGAAGUACUUGAAUGUGCAUCAUCACUAACAGUGUGGAGAAAAUCGCUUCUCUUGAGUUGUAAUGGCUUCACAGUGAUCAAUUCCAACGGAAAUCUAGUGUACAGGGUUGAUGACUAUAUCCAUCGCCGCCGCAGCAGACCGGACGAGCUCAUCUUGAUGGACGGCUUUGGGAAAUCCCUACUAACAAUGCACCGGUCCAAGCUUAGAUUGGCGGAUAAUUGGGUUGUGUAUGAAGGAGAAGCAAGCAAGUCAUCGUCAAAUGAGCCAAUCUUUUAUGUAAGGAAGCAUAUCAAUAUUCUACAUGGCAAUCCCAUUACUAGUGUACUGGCAUACGUAUAUGAGGGUAAGAGACGAGCAUAUAGGAUUGAAGGCUCGUAUCAUAAUCGAUCGUGCAAAGUUUUUGAUGAUUCGAGAAGGGUGGUGGUGGAGAUCAAGCGAAAGGACAACAUCAUCGGAGGCAUUCCUUUCGAGAAAGACGUUUUUGUUUUAGAAGUAAUGCCAGGUUUUGAUCCUGGAUUUGCAAUGGCACUAGUUCUGCUAUUAGAUCAAAUGUUUUCUUAAUUUUAUUUUUUCUUCUGUUGUUGUUGUUGUUGUUCUUUGUGAAUAUAUUCUUUCACUUGAAAAGUUGCGGUGUAGAACUUUGUGCUUUUAUAUGUCUCGUAGAAUAACCUUUGUGGUCAAAAAAAUGAAAAGCGUAAAAGGAA